GUCCUCCUCCUCCAGUUGCCAGCAGCAGGACGUCCGUCCGGCUCCCGUCGUCUUUGCUUCAUCUCGGAGGCCUUUUGGACCCGUGCAGGACUUUUUGUUUUCCGGGAGGAUUUUUGCCUGCCCCCGCCAGCAUGGAGGCCAGCACUGGGGAAUACGCGGACAACUACGAGUACUACGACGACAACGAGACUUUGUGCGACUUCUCCGAGUGGGAGCCCUCCUACUCCCUCAUCCCGGUCCUCUACAUGCUCAUCUUCAUCCUCGGCCUGUCAGGGAACGGCGUGGUCAUCUUCACCGUCUGGAGGUCCAAAUCCAAGCGUCGGGCGGCGGACGUCUACAUCGGCAACCUGGCGCUGGCCGACCUGACCUUCGUGGUGACCCUCCCGCUGUGGGCCGUGUACACGGCUCUGGGCUACCACUGGCCCUUCGGCGUGGCUCUGUGCAAGAUCAGCAGCUACGUGGUUCUGGUCAACAUGUACGCCAGCGUCUUCUGCCUCACCUGCCUCAGCUUCGACCGCUACCUGGCCAUCGUGCACUCGCUGUCCAGCAGCAGGCUGAGGUCGAGGGCCACCAUGCUGGCGUCGCUGGGCGCCAUCUGGCUGCUGUCCGGCCUGCUGGCUCUGCCCACGCUGCUGUUCCGCACCACGGUCAGCGACCAGAACAGCAACCGGACCACUUGCGCCAUGGACUUCAGCCUGGUGACCCUCAACCAGAGACACGAGUUCCUCUGGAUCGCCGGGCUCAGCUUGUCCUCCUCGGCCCUGGGCUUUCUCCUUCCGUUCCUGGCCAUGACCAUCUUCUACUGCUUCAUCGGCUGUACGGUCACGCGCCACUUCAACAACGUGCGCAAGGAGGACCAGAAGAAGAAACGGCUGCUGAAGAUCAUCACCACGCUGGUGGUGGUGUUCGCCAUCUGCUGGACGCCCUUCCACCUCCUGAAGAGCGUGGACGCCCUGUCCUACCUCAACCUGGCCCCCAGCUCCUGCGGCUUCCUGCGCUUCCUGCUUCUGGCUCACCCGUACGCGACGUGCUUGGCCUACGUCAACAGCUGCCUCAACCCCUUCCUCUACGCUUUCUUCGACCUGCGCUUUCGCUCGCAGUGCCUGUGCCUGCUCAACCUGAAGAAGGCCAUGCACGGCCACAUGAGCUCCAUGUCGUCCACGCUGAGCGCCCAGACUCAGAAGUCGGAGAUUCAGUCUCUGGCCACCAAGGUGUAGAGAGGAGGGAGGCCCGAUGUGGAGCGGAGGGCGGACGGGCUGUGGGACAGUCCCAGCUCCGACCACUGGAACACUUGUAAAAAGAAGAAGACAGACAUUUUGCGGCGGUAAGAUGAACUUUGACGUGCUCCCCGCUCGUUGUUCUCCAUCAUGUUCAAGUGGACUCGGAAGGCAGGAGCCAGCUGGCUGAGCUCCUUUGCUGCUUUGGUCCUCCUCCUUUUGUUGCAAUUGUAAAUUCCCCCCCAAAUUAAAAAAAAAAGAAUGACACUGGAUGAAUCUUAAAGGUGUACAGUAUUUUCAUACCGUAGAGUGUUGUUUUUAGAAGCACUUGUA